AGCCAUAUUUUCCCUUUGUUGUUGUUGUCGUUUAUUUGAGACAGGGUCUCUAUGAAUUCCUAGCUGUCCUGGAACUUGCUCUGUGGACCAGGCUGACCUCAAACUCACACGAGAUCCCCAGCCCUUUGCCUCCCAAAUGCUGGGACUAAAGGCAUGCGCCACCAUACCCAACCCAAUUUCUAAUGGAAUUCACUCAGCUGCAUCAUAGCUACUGGCCAGUGAGGAACAGGCCCAAAUUUGGGUCAUUGGAAGCAGAAGCUGCAAGCAGGGGUAGGUGGAGAUUUUGUAGUCCUGAGCUGGGAAGAGGACAGUGAGUGCUCCAUUCCAACCACAGAACCAUCUGGUUUAUACCAGAAAGAGGAUGAGGUAAUGCAUUCGGUGCUUAUGCCUCCCUGUGCUGGAAAUCUAGAUGGUAAAGGGUUAGGAAAUUUGCACACAUUACUUCUAAUAGUGAGAAUGUGAGAGCAUUCCAUUUCCCUACAUUUCAGGUUCCAAAAGCCUCAUAUUGUGGACAUAUGAAACUGGUACCAAUUAUCUUGACAGUAAAACUCAAACCUGAGUGUGGCAGGGCAGACAUGAGGGAGAACCCUUUGCUCCGUUAUGAAGGAUAUAUUUCAAAGGCAGUGAGAUACAGUGAGAAACAUUUCCUGUGGAAACUCGGAGCCCUUUUGUAUCUCAGGUUUCUUUUUAAAACGAAGUUUGCAGCUCAAAGUUUGUGGCUUCAUCAAAAGAAGUUUCAAAUCCCAAAGGUGAGAUAACUCUCACCUGGAGCCCGUGUGUCUUUCCACCCUCUGGCUGGGAACAAUCACCUGGGAAUGAUUCCACCAGGUGGCUUCCAAGGUCCAACCUACUUGGUUGAAAUCUGACACUGACAGCGACUCCCUGGGAGCUGCUGCGGUUCGCUCAACAGGGAACCAGGAAAUGCGCAACCUCUUUAUGUCCGAAAACCAGCUGGGCUCCCGGGGAGACGCAUCCGCCAUGGGAAACAGGCUGUGCUGUGGGGGAAGCUGGAGCUGCCCAUCAACUUUCCAGAAGAAAAACAAAACAGGGAGCCCAGCCAGACCCACACUGAGCAUACUGAAGCAGCAACAGCUCCGGCAGAAUGGCACCAAGGUCUGUGAGACAACAGCACCAAUGUAUGAGCAAGUGUUACACCGGCCCGGAUCUCAAAAGGAAAGUUCACACUCCACAUCGGAGGAGAGCAACUUGCAUUAUGCAGACAUUCAUGUGCUCAGCCAAGUGCAGCCAUACUCUGGCAAGAAGGUGAAACACCCGCAUUUAGAAACCGCUACAGAGUAUGCCACCCUCCGCUUCCCCCAGGCCACACCUCGAUAUGACAGCAGCAAUGGAACCCUGGUGUGAGCCCUUGGAAGGAAGUCCUGGCUUCCACGAUUUUACAGUACUGUGGGGACAAUUUACUGUUUUCGACAGUAGGGAUGUUGGCCAUGUUGUAAUCUUAAAGAACACCAGAACAUCUGGAAUUAUGGGUCCCCCUACUCUCUCCACUAUGAAUCUUUUGGUUUGCCACUGUUAUUGUGGAGUUGUGGUAAGGCUAUGAGUGGGCUGAGUUCCCAAUAAUAUUUAAGUGUGCAAAACAGUCAUCCUUUAACCCCUAACAUUACGUGGACUCUCAAACGCAGCAGGAACCCUUUAUGCACGUUGGCUGUUUCUGGUAGGAAUUAUUUAAUGAUAUUUGGGGUUUUGUUUUGUUCUUUUAUUUGCCACAUAGCUGAGGAUGGCCUUGAAAUCCUGAUCUAUCCCAGCCUCCCACUCCCAGUGCUGGGAUUACAGACAUGUAGCCACUAUGCUCAGCUAAUCAUAUCCCCUUUACACACUUUUACUUCAAAACCUCUGAGGAAGCGUUCUGAAAAAGCUUUUGGAGCUUUUGCACACGGCCCCGGGACUGCUGUGGGAAAUUAACCUAGUAGCUGGGUCAAGGGCUUCAGACCUUAACACAGAGAUGGGGACGGGGACUGACAGAUUCUAGUCUUCUUCAACCACGGGCCGCAAGGACUUCAAAUUGUGGACACUAACAGCCUGGAGAGGACAGCCUGGAGAAACUCUCCUUGUAGGAGGACUGUUAGCUCUCUUCUGAGGAACCGUUAGGAUCAAUAAAUAAAUAGUAUGAAGGACAGGCUGAGUGGU